AUGGCUGAGGGAAGUGGCGGAAUAGCACUUUGCCUCAGUCCAGAAGGUCGGCGUAAUGGUGAGGCUCUUGUAAGAUUUGAAGAUUCCGAGCAACGUGAACUGGCCCUCAGAAGGCAUCGGCAUUUCCUGCACAACCGCUACAUUGAAGUGUAUCGCGCUACAAGAAACGAUUUUUUACAGAUUGCUGCAGGCUCCAACUCAGAAGCAGUGCGCUUUGUAAGCCGAGGUAGCACAGGUGCCAUGAUUGUUCGUAUGCGGGGCCUUCCGUACGAUUGCACUGAAGCGCAAAUUCUUGAAUUUUUCGCGGAGGGUGAGAAUGGUUGUAAAGUAACAGAUGGCGGUAUAUUAUUUGUGAAUAAGAGUGAUGGUCGACCAACCGGUGAUGCUUUUGUAAUGUUUGAUAGUGAGGAAGCUGGCCAAAAGGCGCUUACAAAGCACAAACGUACCAUUGGCACUCGGUAUAUUGAACUUUUCAGGUCGACCCAAGCAGAAGUACAACAAGUGGUUAAUCGAAAUUUGGAAAAUGACCAACGCAUGAUAGUUCAUGGUAGUAGUAGGAAGGACUGUAUCAGAUUAAGGGGCCUUCCUUAUGAAGCUCAUGUAGAAAAUAUUGUCGAAUUUCUCGGCGAAACCGCCCGGCACAUUAUGUUCCAGGUAAAUAGAACUUGUAAUUCAUGCAGUCAUGGAUGA